GCUUCUCAUUGGCCGGCACUAGCGCUUCCGGCCCGCCUUCUGGAAGCCGCCCGCAGGGCCGAUCCGCCGGGUGCAAGCGGGGCUUGCAGUCACAGGGGCGAGUUGGUGGGAGGGCUGUCUCUGCCGGCUCCCCGCUCCUGAGGCUUUGUGACUUCCUGGGUGCGGUGGGGACCUGGGAGCGAUCUUAACAGGCCCCGCAUGUGACAGCGCCCCGCAUGUCAAGGCCAUGAGCGCAUCGACAGGAAGGAGGCCCGAAGCAGCAGGACCCAGGGGUAGAGGGGCUCACAGACCCCGGGAACAGGUGCACGACCCCGCACCCCCGCAGGACCGGGAUGUACAGUUGUCCAAGGCUCUGUCCUACGCCCUGCGCCACGGGGCUCUGAAGCUGGGGCUCCCCAUGGGGGCCGAUGGCUUCGUGCCCCUGGACGCCCUCCUGCAGCGCCCACAGUUCCGAGGCUUCUCUGCGGAAGACGUGCAGCGUGUGGUGGACACCGACGCCAAACAGCGCUUCUCCCUGCGGCCUGGGGACCCCAGCACUGGACCUCUCAUCCGGGCCAAUCAGGGACACUCCCUGCAGGUGCCAGACUUGGAGCUGACCCCCCUGGAGACCCCACAGGCCCUGCCCCCGCAGCUGGUCCAUGGCACAUUCCGGCGGCACUGGCCCUCCAUCAGGCUCAGCGGUCUGUCCUGCCGUGGGAGGACGCACAUUCACCUGGCUGCGGGACUGCCCGGGGACCCGGGUGUCAUCAGCGGCAUGAGGCCAAGCUGCGAAGUGGCUGUGUUCAUUGACGGACCCCUGGCCCUGGCAGAUGGGAUCCCCUUCUUCCGCUCUGCCAAUGGGGUGUUCCUGACUCCAGGGGACGCUGAUGGCUUCCUGCUCCCCAAGUACUUCAAGGAGGCCCUGCAGCUUCGCCCUUCCCGAAAGCCCCUCUCCUUGGCUGGUGAUGAAGAGACGGAAUGUCAGAGCGACCCCAAGCACAGCUCCAGAGGAAGAAAGUCGGUCCAGUAAUAAAAUAUUUAUUUAAGAAAAA